GAGGGAGAUCCUGGGAGAGCAGAACUGAAAGGAAACCGCGAAAACGGAUCAGUAUUCAGUCAGUGUCGUCAUGUUAUAUCAGAAGCAAGUGCUUCGUACUUCGUACUUCGCAAUUCGAAAAAUAAUUGUUGAUAGUGCGUUCUAAAUUGUAAAUAUUACAUCAAUUUUCUGUAAAUAUUUUUUCGUGUAAGCAUGGCUUUAAAUGAGGAAAAACAAAACAUACUUCAAAAGAAUUCUAAUGGUUCACCUGUGGUUGACAAGUGCGAAGUCAUCAAGGAAUCCAGCCUUCAAGAGGAUGAUUUGCUACACAGGAUGAGUUUCGAAAAUUUGCAAGAACGUUUGAAUACAGAUUUUCAGGACCUGGGUGAGAGAUUAAAUGAUUUGAAAUACAAUUUGGUAGCACAGAUAGAAUUAGCCAAAUCAGGAAAUGCAUUAGCGAGGGAUUUUAUCAAUUCAGACAAAUACUGUGAUAGGGGGAAACCUUCGAAAAAUGGUGAUCUUCCAGACAAACAGUUUCUUCAGAGAAAUUCUCUACUAACAGAUUUAUUUGAAAUUAAACACAUUAGAACCAUUUACAAUAUUUUUAUAGUUAUUCUAAUUAUUUUGUUUAUCAAUACUGCCAUUCAUGAUAUUAUGGAAACGGGAAUAACACAUCUUGGUGUGAAAACAGUAAUGACCGGAUUCGGUAAAAUGCCAAUAGUAAUUCAUACCUGGAUUGGAAUGACACUUUCCACUUUUUGUUUGUAUUCAGCUUUUGCCUUUUGGGCAUGCAAACGGCCCGAAUUUCAACCAAAAUCUUUCUCAUUAAAAAUCUGGGAUUAUGCGGCGCUGAUAACGUUAUUGCUUUAUCAAAGUGCCUUCAUAAUUUUUCCAGCGAAAGCUGUUAUCCAAGAGGAUCUUCCUCCAGCAUCAAGUCUUAUAGUUUUGAUGGAACAGGUUCGCAUGUUGAUGAAGACACAUGCCUUUGUGAGAAGCAAUACCCCAAGGGUAUUAGCAUAUAAACCUCAUACAGAAAAUCCGGAACCUUCGUAUCCAGGAUUUUCCAAAUUUUUGUACUUUAUGUUCGCCCCGACUUUAGUCUAUCGAGACAGCUACCCGAGGACAAAAGAAAUCAGAUGGGGAGUGGUUGUCUGGAAUUAUGCAGAAGUUGUUCUCGUAAUAUUUUACGUUGCAUUCAUUUUUGAACGUUUUUUGGUGCCUCUAUUCAGGCAAUCUGGAGUUGAUCCUUUAGAUCCUCGAACUCUAAUUCUGAGCAUGUUUGGCACGAUGAUGCCCGGAAUUUUAGUCUUCCUCUGUGGAUUUUAUUGCCUACUUCAUUCCUGGAUGAACGGCUCUGCUGAACUUCUUCGAUUUGCCGACAGAAUGUUUUAUAAGGAUUGGUGGAAUUCGACAUCUUAUGGGAGCUAUUAUCGAACUUGGAACGUAGUCGUGCACGAUUGGCUCUACGCUUACAUUUACAAAGACAUGUACGAAAUUAUAACUCGAAAAAACAAAUUUCUUUCAACACUCACCGUCUUCCUAGUCUCAGCAGGUUUCCACGAAUACAUCUUAGCCUUCGCCUUUCGAUUUUUUUACCCAGUGAUGCUAGUGAUGUUUGGCGGUUUUGGUAUGAUGUUCGUGUUCAUAACAAGAAAAAACACAAAAUCCAAUGGUAAUAUUUUCCUCUGGCUAACUCUCUGUUCCGGUUCCGGCAUAAUGCUCAGUCUCUACUCAAUGGAAUUCUACGCCAGAAUAAAUUGCGCCCCCUACGACGAUAAAAUUCUGGACCUUUUCCUCCCGAGGAGUUGGUUCUGUAGAAAACUAAUUCCUGCCGUUUAAUUUUAAAAUGUCAAUAUUAUUCGAUUGAAUGAUUUUCAAUUGUAAAUACAAAACUAAAGAUUUUUACAAAAAGAAAUAAGUUUAUUUUGCAUCUUACAUAUAUCUUUUUGUCCUUAAACCUAACGAUAAAGAUAGAACAAUAUAAUAAUUAUAUACAGGUAUUUAUAUAUCUUCUCUAUACAAAUUAAUUUAUGAUCUAUAUGUAUAAAUGUUUAUUUGUACCUAUUUAAACAAGGCGAUUCGAGACUUCUGGCAAGAUAAAAAUCCCGACUUAACAAUAAGAUAAAGAAAAAGAUUAACGUCUUGAGGAAAAUCCAAAUGUCUGAAAGAUUAUGUACAUAUGAAUAUUUCUCAAUGUUUCCUGAAAGGCUAAAGAAAAAAAGGAAAAUUAUUAACACCAACGUUCGCUUCUCGAAUCGCCCUGUGCUUGACAAUUACGUCUUUUACAUGGCAGAAUUUAAAGGCCAAAUAAGGGACUUGGACGAUCAACUCAAAACAAUUUUUAUCUUCGCUGAUCGAUGUCCCGAUGAUAAGGCUAAACAAUUCAAUAAGCGACUCGCCCUAACAAGUAUCCAUCGUCAAAAAAUAUCAAGAGUAAAGUGAAAAAUUGGAUACCAAAAUUUUUAAUUAUUCAUUGGUUUUUAAAAACGUGAAUUGUAUCUUCAUUUUAGAGAACUAAUACAGGGUGGCCGUUUUAAUCGACGAAAUAA